CAAUUAUCUCUCUUUGUGAUCCCGUACUUCUACAUCUGUAACUCUCCCAAAUAGCUCUCCCCCGCAUCAACAAUGAAGUCCUUUUGCACCCUUGGCGCCUUCACAGCCGUGUUCUUCACUGCAACCUUGGCGCGGAUAUACUCGCCCGAGGAGCUCGACAGGUGCAUUGCUGAUUCCCGCAACCAGCGCCAGGAGCAGUGUGGCAUCUACCGUCCGGGCUCGCUCGAGUACAACCAGUGCAUGGCGCGCAUGACCGACCGGGUGCUGCAGUGCUACCCGCAAGGCAUGCAAUUGACCCCGCAGCAGCAGGCCGAGCGCAGCCAAGAGUCCAACAACCACGAAAUGUACCGCAACGAGGUCCAGCGGCUGGCCAACACGGGCAACUCGGAGCAGGCCGACGAGAGCGAGCAGAACCCGCCGCCGGUGAAGAUCGACGCCAGCAAGAGCACCAAUCUGGAGGGCCAGGUCAAGAAGACCGAGGAGGUCCGCCAUGUCACCACCAAGAAGGCUACUGCAGCCAAGAAGGACCCAAAGAAGCCGGCGGAGAAGGCCGAUGAGGAGCCGGCUGCUGACAAGAAGGAGGAAAAGCCAGCCAAGCCCGCGGACAAGGCCCAGGACGCCAAGCCCAAGCCUGCUGAGCCUGCAAAGACUAUCAAUAUUUCGAAUGCAACCACCCUGUUCGUUGUUGCCGCUACCCAGCAGGAUAAUGCUGUGACUGUUAUUGCCACCACUGCUGGCCUCGCUGCUACCUCGGUUGUUGCCCAGCCUGUUGCUACCACCUCUGCUGCCUCGCUUGCUGGUACCACAGCCGCCGUGCUCUCUCCCAGCCCUGCUACUGCAACCUCUGUUGCUGCAACCCCUGCUGCCGCAACCCCUGCGAGCGCUCCUGCUGCUGUCACUCCUGCUGCUGUCACUCCUGCUGCUGUCACUCCUGCUGCUGUCGCUCCUGCUGCUCCCGCUGCUGCUGCUACGCCUGCUGCCGAUACCUCUGCUUCUGCUGCUGCGUCGGCAGCUCCUGCCCCUGAACCCGCCAACGAUGAUGAAGCCGCAGCCAACGACUCUACCCAGAUCAUCCAGUUCUCAGUCCCAGCCGUUCCUUCUGCUGAUGCUGACAAGCCCGCUGCUGAUACCGACAAGCCCGCUCCAGCUGCCCAGACCAGCGCAUUUGCUGCAAACAAUGACAUCAAGAGGCUGUCUGCUACCGACCUGGCUGCUGCUACUGCCCAGACUUCGGCCACUGCAAACGCCAAUGUUGUGGCGACCGCCAACUCUGCACCCGUGGCAACCAUUGCAGUCACUGCCAAUGGUAUCGCCAUGACGACCCUCGAGCCCCUCUCUAUGACCACGAUCGGCCAGGCCGUCGUGCCAAUGGUCCCCAGUGUGUUCUUCUCGGGCACCUCGGCCGGUCUCCAGGUACAGCAGAUCUCGGCAUCCACCCAGUCCCCUGGCCCACAGUCUGCUGCCAGGGCCGCCUUGUCCUCUGCUGCCGCCGAAUCCAGCUCGGCCGACGCUGCCGAUGACGCUGCAGCCGAACCCGAUAGCGCUGAGGAGUCGCCUGCUGCCAGCAGCACCAAGUCUGCCGCUGCCGAGCCGGCAAGCAACAAGCUGGCCGUCAAGGAGGUGCUCAAGUCUGCUGUCAAGGCUGCCUCGUCGAUAGACUCAGCUGUUGAGCCCGAGCAGACCGAUGCGUCGGUAGUUGAGUCGGAUGCUGCCGAGUCGUCCAAGGCCAGUCAGGCGAAGGAGCAGGUGAAGAACACGGCUAACCAGACCAGUGCCCAGCCGGAUGCCUCGCAGCACGCGUCGGCUGAGACUUCAGCAUCGGCUCCUGCUGCUAAGGCCAAGCAGAGUGUUAGUGACCACAAGCUAAAGUCUGCGGGUAUGCUCAAGGCCAAGACCGGCGAUGCCGAGAGGGCUAUGUUCUCGGGCGCGAUGAUGAUGGCCCCGUUCGCUAUCCACGCUCUGCUCUAAACCCUGCCAGCUAUUUGACAGGCCAUGUUCCCUCUCCAGCACUCUUCUUGCUAUA